CGACCUUGUGUUAUGCGUGAUGGAGACGAAAACUCGUUCUAAAUAAAAUUUACAACAAAUUAAGACUGACUAUUCAAAUUUGUAGGUCUUGUAAAUGGUGUAUGUGUAAAUAGCUUGUUUGUGCAGCCAUGCUCUCUAUAUUGAGAAACGCAUUCUUAGGACUGACCAUCAGAAACACUGGGUAUUCAGAUGUAUUGCAGAAUCAACUGAAAGUGUUUUCGGCUGGAUUAAAAACAUAUGAUAUACCGCCAGACUACAGUGAUGUGGUUCUACCCGAAAAACCCAAACUCAAGUUACUCAACAAGGUGCCUAACUUUAAGAAGGCUAGGAAAGAGAUGAAGAGACUCCGGGACAUCCAGGGCCCAGCCAAAGGAGCCACUGCGUUCAGCCGGGGCCAGUAUGCCAUAGUGGCUCUGGGUGGAGGCUACCUUCACUGGGGCCAUUUGGAGAUGAUGAGGCUCACGAUAAACCGACGAAUGGACCCGCGCACCACUUUUGCCCGCUGGCGAAUUAACGCCCCCUACAAGCCCAUCACCCGAAAGGGACUCGGCCAGCGCAUGGGGGGUGGCAAGGGUGCCAUCGACCACUACGUCACCCCGGUGAAGUGUGGGCGCCUGAUUGUGGAGGUCGGUGGCCGUAUUGAGCUGGGAGAGGUGGAGGGCGUGUUGUCUGAGGUGGCCAAGAAGCUGCCGUUUCCAGCCAAGGUGGUGAGCAGAGAGAGCCUGGAGGCUAUGAAGCAGGAACAUGCUGAGAGAGAAGCCAACAAUCAGAACCCAUGGACAUUUAAGCAGAUAGUUCAGUCCAACAUGCUGGGCCUCCGCAAAGUUGUUAGUCCCCGUGACCUUCACAACCAUGGCCGUUAUACUGGAAAGUUCUUUAAUCCAGACAGGGUGUGAAAUGGAAGCGCUUGAAGAGAGGAAAAACCUCAGUAUGCUUUAUCAGGACUUCAUUGUCACACAAGGAUUCAUGAGCACUCUAGUGAGAGUACUGUCACACUGCAAGUUUGACAGAUGUUUAAUACUGAAGCGUACUAUCACACAGAACCUGCCCUUUUCUAUUUAAUGUUAGGUCCACCAACAAAGAAAUUCAAACAUAUGGUUUAGAAAUAUGGACUAGCAGGCAAUGUUAUAGUCAAAGGUGGGCCCUAUGGAUUGCCUCCAUUGUUAACAUUCCUGCAAACGUUCUGUUUUAAGGGCAUCAUUUUAAUUGCUCUGUGGCUGAGUGCAUUCACACCUUACUUUAUCAUCUGGGAGGAUUAACUGUUUAUGUGGAUAUUGUUGUUCCUGUAAAGUGUGUUUAAUGAAUAAUUAAA